GAAAGAGAAAAGAAGCGUCCAUUGCAGUCCCCCGCUGAAGAUGAUUGCAUUGUCCUGACGCUCUCCCAAAGGUCCAGGUUUCCAUCUGGCCUCGUCAGACAGUCACAGUGGACCAGACUGAGAGCAGCACCAACCUAACCCCGGACCUACAAACCCCGGACACAACCCUGCAACAGGCACAGGAAGAAAAUCGUGAUGCCUCUAGCACGCGUUGACAACCCGCCGGUGGUUUGGAGGAGUUCGGUUUUUAACGUCGUUCCGCGCUACAGAGCUUUGACCAUGGCAGGGAGGAACGGACCGCUAUUCGAACCCGAGGAGUUCGAUCACACACCAAACAUGAAUGGCGCGGGGAUCCAGGCACCGUAUCAUACACAGUUCAUCGACGGGGAUUGUGAUGACAACGGUUACGGGGGACCAACAAUUCCUCCCUGGUCACCAGACGACGGUAGCCAGUCACACACCACCAGCCACACCGGCAGCAGCACCAGUCAGCCGCCACUCAACAACGGCUCUGCGUUCAUGCAGCGACCUCUAGCGACGCACGAAACGCCUUCACUGGGGUCCAGGGCUAGGAAAGGCCGUCCGACCACGACAGGACUCUACAUGAGGGUCAACGAACAGACGGUGCCCUUCCAACGCCUGCGACAGGCUCCGCAUCCAAAGCUCAACCAGCUUCAGAACUCUAGUCGUAUGAGAGGGCGCCUGACUGGAGGAAAGGGAGUACCAGGAGGCGCGGACAGGACGCCAAUCUCGUCCGAGUACGGCUCGAUGUACACCAAGACGUACGGAGCAGCGCCCAGGACGUCGGCGGGUUCUUACAAGAACAAGGUUUACUGGUACGAAGACAAUUUGCAGAAGGUCAAGUCCAAACCACUCCGACAUUCAUCAAAAGCCCCUGUAUAACAAACAGAUCAGCUUAACACCAAGCAGACGAUGUCAAAAA